AGCUUAAAAUGGAACCGACAGCCGCCGAGAACAACAACAAUGUGUGGCUAUUCUACCCGAAUCUCAUCGGUUAUGGACGCAUAGUACUCGCCAUUUUGGCCAUGUACUACAUGUCGUCAGCGCCAUGGUGUGCAAUGUUCUGCUAUGCACUCAGCGCCGGACUCGACGCGUUUGACGGAUGGGCGGCACGGACCUACAAUCAAUCGAGCCGAUUUGGAGCAAUGCUCGAUCAGCUCACCGAUCGCUGCGCCCUGCUGGCCUUGGUGAUGGCGCUCUGCAAGUUCUACCCGGAUCACUUGUUCCUGCUUCAACUGUCGGCCGUAAUCGACAUCGCAUCUCACUGGCUUCACCUUCACGCCACUGAUCUCUCCGGUGCCACGAGCCACAAGCAGUCUUCGAAUUGGCUUCUGAACCUCUACUACACGGAUCGAUUGUUCCUCGGAUUCAUGUGCGGCGGAAAUGAGGCUUUCUACAUUUUGCUCUACAUUCGCGCGUUCUGGGCUGGACCACUGAUCUUCAACUUCCACUUCAUGUCGAUCUUCCCACUCAUCGCCUUCCCGAUUGCCUUCGUCAAGUCCGCCAUCUCCGUCGUCCAUCUGUACACUGCCGCCGAGAUGGUCGUUGCUCACGAUGUGAAGCUCCGUGUUGAGGCUGCUCAGAAGGCCCAAUGAUCUCCGGAUCUCCCCGAAGUCUCCAAGAUUCUCCUCUGAUUCCCCAUGAGCUUUUGUAUACACAUUCCCCACUACUUAAUUCACGAGCUUUACGCUUAGCUUUAGUCCUUUAGUGCUCUCGUCUCAGGAAAAUGUUUCCGAUUUCCAUUUAAUUCCAAAUUUGAACAUAUUUCUCUGUAAUUUUUUUCCCCGUAAUUUUUUUUUUCGCAAAUUCCCGAUGUACUUACUCUGUAAAAUAAUAUUUAUUUUGUUU